UCUAGUCUUGCACGCGCCCCUCUUGAGGCAAGGCAAGCCACCGCUAGAUCUCAGUUCCCCAACUUCCCUGGGAAUCCCCUCUUUGAGGCAAGGCAAGCCACCGCUAGAUCCCAGUUCCCCAAGUUCGCUGCCCAUUCGUGACACUGUUCUUACUACAGGGCUAGUGCAGAUCUGCAUCCCGGAGGACGAGCCGUCCCGAUGGCGUCGUCCUCGGGGCCGUGGCCCCUCCGCACGCAGAUGUCGAGCGAGCCUGGUUUCGACAGUGAGGUGGUGCCCUCCUCGCUCGUCGGAAUAGCACCCAUCCUCCGUGUCGCUAACGAGGUCGGGGCCAUGAACCCCCGCGUCGCCUACCUUUGUCGCUCUUACACAUACAAGAAGGCCUGCCGCCAGGACCCGGCCUCAACUGGUCGAGGCAUUCGUAAAUUCAAAACUACGCUCAUGCUGAGGCUACAAAAGGAAAAUGCUUUCACGUUGGAGUCAAGGGUCAAACCGAGUGAUGCUCAAGAAAUGAAGAGUUUUUACCAGGACUACUACGAGAAGUACAUCCAUGCACUUCAAAAUGUUGUUGAUAAAGAUGACCGCUCUCAACUUACAAAAGCAUAUCAAACUGCAGCUGUCUUGUUUGAAGUCCUCAAAGAGGUUAAUGCUUCACAUAGCAUUGAAGUUGAUCAAGUGAUUUUGGAGACACACAACCAAGUCGAGCGGAAGAAAAGGUUAUAUCUUCCGUACAAUAUCCUCCCACUUGACUGUGACAGUGCCAAUCAGACUAUCAUGCAAUACCCAGAGAUUCAAGCUGCUUUUCAUGCUUUUCGUAAUAUAAGAGGUUUGCCAUGGCCCAAGGAACAUCAAAAGACGCCUGAUUCAGAUCUUUUUAGUUGGCUUCAGGCUACGUUUGGAUUUCAGAAAGAUAAUGUAUCCAACCAAAGAGAACAUCUCAUACUUUUGCUUGCCGGCAUACACACAAGGUGGAAUACCAAACCUGACCAACAACCAAAGCUAGAUGACCGUGCACUGGAUAUUGUUAUGAAGAAGCUCUUUAGCAACUACAAGAGAUGGUGCAACUACCUUGGCCGCACAUCCAGCUUAUGGUUACCAAUUAUUCCACAGGGCGUACAACAACGCAAGCUUCUGUAUUUGGGCCUUUAUCUGCUCGUAUGGGGUGAGGCAGCUAACCUGAGAUUCAUGCCGGAGUGUCUUUGCUACAUCUAUCAUCAUAUGGCUUUCGAAUUGUAUGGUAUAUUGGCUGGAAAUCUCAUCCCAACAACUGGUGAAAAUGUUAAACCAGCAUAUGGUAGCCAAGAAGAAGCCUUCUUAAACAAAGUUGUGACCCCAAUAUACAAGGUUAUAGAAAAGGAAGCUUUAAGGAGCAAAACAAUAAAGUCAGGGCACUCGGAUUGGAGAAAUUAUGAUGAUGUGAAUGAGUAUUUUUGGUCAAGGGAUUGUUUUCUAUUAGGGUGGCCUAUGAGAGAUGAUGCAGAUUUUUUCCAAGUUCCACAUGAUGCUCCUCUGAACAAGAUGAAUGUAGAGAAUGGACACCACUGGAUGGGAAAAGUCAAUUUUGCCGAGAUACGGUCAUUAUGGCACAUCUUCCGUAGCUUUGACAGGAUGUGGAGCUUCUUAAUUUUAUCCUUACAGGCCAUGAUUAUAAUUGCUAGGAAUGGUGGCAGGCCAAGUGAUAUCUUUGAUGCAGGAACAUUCAAACAAAUUUCGAGUAUAUUUACAACUGAUGCAAUACUGAAAUUAUUCCAAUCAAUACUGGGUAUUGUGUUGAGCUGGAAAGCAAGAAGAAGCAUGGCUUUUGCUGUUAAACUGCGCUACAUCUUGAAGUUACUAUCAUCCGCUGCGUGGGUAAUAAUUCUAACAGUAACUUAUGCAUACAUCUGGGAGAAUCCUACUGGUCUUGGUAGAAAACUAACAGCAAGGCUCAGUGACGGACGCAAGCAUCCAACAUUAUACGUUCAUGCUGUCAUGAUAUAUUUGGCACCAAAUAUGUUGGCCGCUAUAUUACUAUUUUCCCCUGAAUUCGGAAGGUUUCUUGAGAAUUCAAGUAUCAGAGUCAUAAGGUUGAUGAUGUGGUGGUCCCAGCCUCCAUUAUUUGUUGGCAAAGGAAUGCAUGCAGGCCGAUAUUCCAUUUUCAAGUAUACAAUGUUUUGGGUCCUUCUUUUGGCAACAAAACUGGUUAUAAGCUACUACAUUGAGAUCAAGCCACUUGUGCAGCUAACAGAAGAUAUAAUGAGGGAAUCCAAUACAUUUCAGUCGCAUGAGUUUUUCCCACACGAAAAUAACAAUGUUGGUGUGAUCAUUGCACUUUGGGCUCCUAUUAUUCUCGUCUACUUCAUGGAUAUUCAGAUUUGGUACGCAAUUUUUUCAUCAUUAACUGGUGGUAUAAACGGCUUAUUUGGUCGUCUUGGCGAGUUUGCAACAUUUGGAAUGUUUAGAUCUCGUUUCCAAUCAUUGCCUUGGGUUUUCAGUCGGACAUUGUUUCCAUCUGAAUCUAACAAGACGAGAGAUGCAGCUUUCUCUCUUAAUCCAUCUAAGACAGCCGAGAGAGACAAAAUAUCUGCAAGGUUUGCUCACAUUUGGAAUCUAAUUAUAACAAGCUUCCGUAAGGAAGAUCUGAUAAAUAACAGAGAGAUGGACAUGCUACGUGUUCCAUAUUACAAAGAUCCAGAAAUGGAUAUAACCCAAUGGCCACCAUUUCUGCUGGCCAGUAAGAUUCCAAUAGCAUUGGAUAUGGCAGCAGAUUGCGGAAGAGAAGGCGAUCAUCUACAGAAGAGGAUGGAUUGUGAUCCAUACUUUAAUUAUGCUAUCAGGGAAUGCUAUGCUUCAGUCAAAAGCAUCAUAUACACUUUAGUGGUUGGUGAACAAGAGAGAGCUUUCGUAGAAGAUAUUUUCACUGUGAUGGACAAUCAUAUAAGAAAGGGCACUAUCAUAAAGGAACUGAACAUGAGAAGUCUUCCUGUCCUGAGCUCGAAUUUUGUUGAUCUGCUUAAUUUACUGCAAAAGAAUAAGGCAGAAGACAAGGGCCAGGUCAUCAUUCUGUUCCAGGAUAUGUUAGAAGUGGUUACAAGGGAUAUAAUGGAUGAGGAACCCACUGAAGUUUUAACAUCAUCACUAAACAGUCAAAAUGAUAUAAUACAUGAAGGAAAUGCACCGGUUGAUGUGUUAGGUGAUCAGAUGUUCAUUAAAGCUAUUAAUUUCCCCGUGGAGGGAUCGGACGCAUGGAUUGAAAAGAUAAAGAGACUUUACCUUCUACUAACUGUAAAGGACUCUGCUCUGGAUGUUCCUACAAACUUGGAUGCGAGAAGACGUCUUUUGUUCUUUGUUAGAUCUCUUUUUAUGGAUAUGCCAAAUGCCCCAAAAGUACGCCAGAUGCUACCCUUCUCUGUGUUGACUCCUUAUUACUCUGAAGACGUUCUUUUCUCCACACAAGACCUAGAGCUCCAGAACGAGGACAGGAUUUCUAUCCUGUUUUACCUGCAACAAAUUCAUCCAGAUGAAUGGAAAAAUUUUCUCGAAAGGAUGCAAUGCUUAGGCGAAGAGGAUCUGUAUGCAACUAAAGAUUUGGAAGUGGAGCUUCGGCAUUGGGCAUCGUAUAGAGGGCAAACGUUAACACGAACUGUAAGAGGGAUCAUGUACUACAGGGAAGCUCUCGUGCAUCAAUCUUACCUUGAUAUGGGCAGAGAUGGAGAUCCGAUGGAAGGCCUUCCAUCUGAUGCAUUUCCUCAAUGCCAUGCUAUAGCUGACAUGAAAUUUACAUACGUCAUUUCAUGCGAGCGGUAUGGUAUCCAGAAACGUUCUGGUGACUGUCGUAUACAUGAUAUUUUAAGACUGAUGACAACUUAUCCUCCACUUCGUGUUGCCUAUGUCGAUGAAGUUGAAGAGACAAGCAAAGAUCCGAAUGCAAAGAUAGAGAAAGUUUACUACUCAGUAUUGGUGAAAGCGGCAGGGGCCUUUGGGCAGAAUCUUGACCAGGAAAUAUACCGGAUAAAACUUCCAGGUGAUGCAGGACUAGGUGAAAUAAAAGCAGAAAACAAGAACAAUGGAAUAAUUUUUACUCGUGGUGAAGGCCUACAAACUAUAGACAUGAAUCAGGAGCAUUACAUUGAGGAGACUUUAAAAAUACGAAAUUUGCUCCAAGAGUUUCUGGACAAACCUGAUGGAUUGAGGUAUCCAUCAAUACUUGGUAUAAGAGAACAUAUAUUCACUGGCAGUGUUUCUUCUCUUGCGUGGUUCAUGUCAAACCAACAUAGUAGUUUUGCCACCAUUGGACAACGUGUACUCGCCAAUCCUUUGAGAGUUCGAUUUCAUUAUGGGCACCCUGAUAUCUUUGAUCGACUUUUCCACCUCACAAGGGGUGGAAUAAGCAAAGCAUCUAGAUGUAUCAACCUUGAUGACGACAUUUUUGCUGGAUAUAAUUCAACAUUGCGGGACGGACAUGUUACACAUCACGAAUACAUGCAAGUUGGCAAGGGAAGGGAUGUCGGUUUCAAUCAAAUUUCACUAUUUGAGGCGAAAAUAGCUCGUGGGAAUGGGGAACAAACACUGAGCCGCGACGUAUACCGACUAGGACAUCAUUUUGAUUUCUUCAGAAUGUUGUCCUUCUAUUGUACAACAAUUGGUUUUUACUUUAACACAGUGAUAACAAUAUGUACAGUAUAUGUAUUCCUCUAUGGACGUUUGUAUCUUGUCCUCAGUGGCCUUGAUAAUAAAGCACUAAGGUUUACACUCAGUGGACCGCUCCAGGCUGCUCUUGCUUCACAGUCUUUUGUGCAUCUUGGGUUCUUAGUGCUACUGCCCAUGAUGAUGGAAAUUGGUUUAGAAAGAGGAUUCGGAACUGCAGUCAUAGAAUUUAUACUUAUGCAGCUUCAGUUCGCAUCUGUUUUCUUCACAUUCUCACUUGGGACCAGAGGUCACUACUAUGGAAUGACGCUGCUUCAUGGAGGAGCGGCAUAUCAAGCCACUGGACGUGGAUUAGUUGUGUUCCAUACCAAAUUCUCUGAGCAUUAUCGACUAUACUCCCGAAGCCAUUUUGUCAAGGGUCUUGAGUUGACGAUCUUGCUUAUUGUGUAUGGAAUCUUUGGGCAGUCAUAUCAAAGAGACAAAGCAAACAUCUUCAUCACAUUUUCCAUGUGGUUUAUGGUUUUCACCUGGCUAUUUGCACCAUUCCUAUUUAAUCCUUCUGGGUUCGAGUGGCAGAAGAUUAAGGAUGACUGGACCGACUGGAAUAAGUGGAUAUCCAACCGUGGUGGUGUUGGUGUACCACCGGAGAAAAGUUGGGAGUCGUGGUGGGAGAUAGAGCAGGAGCCUCUUAGACAUUCAGGAAAGCGCGGCACUGUCCUUGAAAUACUGCUUGCGUUACGGUUUUUUAUCUACCAGUAUGGUCUUGUUUAUCAUUUGAACAUUGCCAAAAACAGAAAUGGUGUCCUGGUUUAUUGCAUGUCGUGGAUUGUUGUCUUUGUAAUUUUGCUGGUGAUUAUGACUGUAGCAGUUGGGAGACGGAUGUUAAGUGGGAACUUCUAUCUUGUCUUCCGGUUGUUUAAGGGGCUAAUAUAUAUCCCUAUUAUCUGCAUCGUGAUCAUCUUAAUAGUAAUCGCCCAUCUGACAGUUCAAGAUUUGUUCAUUUGCAUCCUUGCCUUCGUGCCAACGGGAUGGGGUUUACUUUUGGUCGCACAGGCUAUCAAGCCAGUCAUUUUUCGUCAUUGGAUUUGGCGAUUGACCAGGAUAACUGCACGGCGAUAUGACAUUGUCAUGGGCCUACUCUUGUUUACCCCCGUUGCGUUCCUCGCUUGGUUCCCGUUUGUUUCGGAGUUCCAGACCAGGAUGCUCUUCAACCAGGCAUUCAGUAGAGGCCUGCAGAUGUCUCGGGUCCUUGGAAGACAGAAGAAUGACCGACGAGCACCGGAUAAAAAAUACUGAUUCAAUCCUCUGCCUUUUUUUUCUAUCUUCCGUCCACUCUGAUUGUUUGUUCAUACGAACUAGCAAAGUGACCCGCACAAAUAAAAUAUUGUAAAGCUACAUUAACUGUAAUCAUUCGAGUGACCUUUGACUUUGGAAAGCUAGUAAGAUUUAGUAAUUAGUUAAGGUUAAGAGUUUAAGAAUUAUCUUUAGAUAUGUGAUAUGUAUUCUUUCACUCUUCACAUAUCAACCGCUAAACAUCCUUCCUAACAGAUUGCCGUUAGUAUUCACUUCUAUUUG